CAGACUAUCACAUCGGCACAGUCAAACACAUUCACACUAUUCGUACCAAUAUUCCCAAUUUCAAUUUUUAUUUUCCAUUAUUGAAAAUCCCGUGCUGUAUUGCCAUCGAGUUCGAUCAGACUGGACUACUUACAAUUUUAUAAUUUUUACUUUUUAGGUGUAUGAAAUUCAUGUGUCAUGGCGGAAUUAUUAGAAGAUGAUGUUAAUACUGGACCUUCAGAACUAGAUAGAACAUUUGUUUUUGAAGAUGAAGGACAUACGCUGGGUUCAUUAUUAACCUAUAUUUUAGAAAGUUUUCCUGAAACAGAUUUUUGUGCUUAUUCCAUAAGACAUCCGUCAGAAAAUAAAAUUUAUUUGCGAUUAAAAGUAAAAAAUGGCUACACUGUUGAAGAUAUUUUCAAACGUGGUUUUCAAGAGCUGAAUCAGAUGUUAAAUCACGUUAAAAAAACAUUUAAUAAAGCAGUUUCAGCUUAUGAAGAAACUAAAGCUACUGAAUAAGACUCAAGUUUUUUAUUGAAACCAUAUAAAUAUUUAAAAAUUGUACUUUGCUAAUAAAAAAAAAAAUAAAUAAAUACAAUAGCAAUUACAAGACUUUA